UCCGCCUCCGUCUCUCGCAGCGCCACCAUGCGCUCCUUCAACGCCACGCAGCGGAACCUCAGCGGGACCGCGAACCACUCCGACCCGUUCGGGCGCAACGAGGAGGUGGCCAAGCUGGAGAUCACGGUGCUGAGCCUGGCGUUCGUGGCGGCGGUGGUGGGGAACCUGAGCGUCCUGCUGGCCAUGCUGCGCAGCCGCAGAAAGCUGUCGCGCAUGCACCUGUUCAUGAAGCACCUGAGCCUGGCCGACCUGGUGGUCGCCUUCUUCCAGGUGCUGCCGCAGCUCUGCUGGAAGGUCACCUUCCGCUUCUCCGGGCCGGACUUCCUGUGCCGCAUCGUGAAGCACCUGCAGGUUCUGGGCAUGUUCGCCUCCACCUACAUGAUGGUGAUGAUGACCGUGGACCGCUACGUGGCCAUCUGCCACCCGCUGCGCAGCCUGCAGCAGCCCACGCAGCGCGCCUACAUCAUGAUCAGCUGCAGCUGGGCGUGCAGCCUGCUGCUCAGCUCCCCGCAGUACUUCAUCUUCUCCCUCAGCGAGGUUCGGCCCGGUUCGGCCGUCUACGACUGCUGGGGUCACUUCGUGGAGCCGUGGGGGCUGCGCGCCUACAUCACCUGGAUCACGGCGGGGAUCUUCCUGGUUCCGGUGGCCGUGCUGGUUUUCUGCUACGGCUUCAUCUGCAGGACGAUCUGGAGGAACCUGAAGGGCAAGACGCGCAGGAAGAGCGCGGCGGGCGGACCGGCGGCGGGCGGCAGGUCCGGGAUCCUGGGCAGAAACUCCGUCAGCAGCGUCUCCACCAUCUCGCGCGCCAAAUUACGCACCGUCAAGAUGACUUUCGUGAUCGUGGUGGCUUACGUGGUGUGCUGGGCUCCGUUCUUCACCGUCCAGAUGUGGUCCGUGUGGGACCAAACCUUCUCCUGGCACGACUCAGAGAACCCGGCGGUGACGCUGUCUGCCCUGCUGGCCAGCCUCAACAGCUGCUGCAACCCCUGGAUCUACAUGAUCUUCAGCGGCCACCUGCUGUCGGACUUCCUGGGCCUGCUGCCCUGCUGCCGCCGGCUGCGGGACCGGCUGCGGCAGCAGGGCUCCGACAGCAGCAUCCGCCGCAACACGCUGCUGUCCCGCCUGCAGGCGCCGCGCCCGUCCGACCUCAACUUCACCUUCAAAAACUGUCCGCCGGCCACACCGGCGUCCUGACCGGCUGACUCAACCAGGGAGCUGAAGGAGCUCGGUUCGGUCCACACGGGAACAGAUCAGAUCAUAUAAAAGCAACUUUUUUAAACUUUCAGUAAUGUGUCUAAAACAAGCCUUGAGAGUUACUUUGAUUCUUUCAUGCAUGUUUGACAAAUCAUUUAAUUGGCAUGGCAAACGCCUGUUCAGACUGAACCCCGCCUUCGAGGCGCAGCUCCUCCCCCACUCUGCUCCUUCAGACUAGCCAGCACCAAUUAGCAAACACCUGGAGGAACUGCUGAGCUCAUUAUGGAGUCAUUCUCAGCGCAACGCUGGUUAAAGCGCUGGUAAAGGGUUAAUAGAGGAACCAUGUUGGGAUGACUUCCUGAAGGCAGAGCUUCUUAAAGAGACAGAGGCCCAAUUUUAAAUGACAAAGUUAAACUUCUUCUAAGUCAUGUUUGAUAUAUUUAGGGUUUUUAUAAUGUUGACAGUAAAACAGUUACUUAAAUAUGCUAUAACAUGGAAAACAUCAUACUGCCUCUUUAACAUAUUUCAGAUAUAAAAUAAAUGAAUAUGGCUGCCAAAAAGGAUGAUUUACCAAUACAAGCUGGUGCUAAGUGUUUCACAAAUAAAAGUCACUUGGAAACAAUAAUUGUUUUGGCUUUGAGGAAAACUAGAAUAGAAAAAAUCUCAAAUGCGGCCAAAAGUUUUUAUUCACCUUUUUUUGGUUGUAAAUUCUUUGACUUUUUCUAAGCAUAAAUAAACAUCCAAUAAAUUUGGAUUAAUGAAAAAAUAUUGAGAAUAAUGUGGAUUACCAUCUGCUGCAAUCCUAAAACUCCAAACACAAUUUACAUAUUAGAGUUGAGGAUCUGAAAAACAUCUGAAAAAGAUAAAAACUGAACAACAUAAAAUAUAUGUUUCCACAGGUGGAUUAUAUCUCCAGAGGAUUUACUGUGUCUUUGUAUUUUCUAAAAAAUAAUCCACCAAUAAUCCACCAACCUUCAGGCCAGAAUGAACCUGGCCUGCAGGUUCAUUCUGUGCUUUUAGUUGUCGGUUAGUUUCCUUCAGUAGAAACACAAUGAUUAUUGUUCUGGCCUGAAACAGGAACAUUAAUUUCCUGACAGCUGGUAUCUAAUGACUUAAAUCUUCCUUGUAAAUACAGGAACCAGAUCUGGAACAGCAGAAAAUUUAUUAUAUUCUCAGUAUGUUUACAUUUCUUACAUAAAUACUGAGAAUAUACAGUUUUUUAUUCACCUUAAGGCUAAUUGGAUGAUUAAAAAACAUUUUCCCAGGAGAAAAAUCACAGAUUCUCCUUAUAGAACCAUUAAAACCAUUAAAACCUUUGAACUUGUUGAGGAAAAGAAAAAUGUGGCUGUAAUUUAACUCUAUUUUCUGAAUGGAAACGGAUUCAAACCCAGAGUUUAUAAAACCUAAUAGAUGUAAUUUAGUUUACAUUGUUGCAAGUUAUCUUUACCAAGUCGAACUCGUUUGCUAGUUGAGGUUUGGGUCAUUUAUUUACCUCAUCCCACUCAUCUCCUCAUACGGGUUUCAAAUUCACCUUUUAUUGCAUUUAUUCUUGUCGUUUCUCUUCCAUCAUCCCACUUCAUCUCACUCAUCAUCCUCAUAAGUUAUUAACCCACCAACCCACUCAUCCUCCUCAUUUAUCUUACAGCCUUUUUCAUUCAACUCAUCAUUUUAAUACUUUUUAAAACUCCUAAUCACCUUUUGCCAUUUCUGUUUUUUAUCCAAUCUAAUUUAUCUCACUCAUCCUCCUUUCAUCUUCAUCUCAUCAUUUCUCCUUCCUGUUCAUCCUCCUCAUUCUUCCCAUCUCACUCAUCUUCCUUAACUUUAGAAUAACUUUGCACACCAUGGUGUUUAAGCUGAAACUUUUCUCAUGUAAAUACCUUGUUUACUUAUGAGCUCCUCCAACAGGGGGCGCUGCAGAGGCAUGUUUAAAUUGUUUCCUCCAUGAAUUCAUAUAAAAAUAGUUCAAACUGUGGUGGGUUAGAAAUUGAUGUGCACUUUGUUUAUGCGAUAAAUAAUGUAAAUAUUUGUAUUUUUCAAUGUGAUUUGACGUUUUGUGACGUUUGACGUUUUGUGACGUUUGACGUUUUGUGACGUUUGACGUUUUGUGACGUUUGACGUUUUGUGCGUUGCAUUCGGACGGUACUGGGUUCCCUCAGGAUGUUGCAGGUGAUGCAUAUUGUACCAAGCUGUUGUCUGUCUGCAUGUUGUAGUUCACAUGUAAUAAAAUUAUGAAAUUUUUAUGUAAUUUCAUGUCUUAGUUUUGUGAGUUUUUUGGUUAUUAUUCCUGCUUUAGAUGCUUAAACAGUGAAAUGUCUCUAAGGCGCCAAGAAGUCCGGUGGACGUUGUCGACGUCUUCGUAUCAUUUUGCUCUAAACUCAUGAUUGGUCUUGAGUAGUUUUGCAAGAUUUCCCAUCUGAAUGUUCAUGAGUGGCAUCAGUUUGCAGUUGGAGGAAUAUUUCCUGACUCCAUGUCACAAAGCUGCAGCAUCUCAGGCUGGUUUCCUCCACAGUCACCAGAUCUCAGCCCAACAGUGGAACAUCGUUCUGUGGGACGAUCUGAUUCUGGCAUGGUGCUCCUGUAGACU